CGACCAGCGAAAAAUGGAGCAGAAUGGGCUGGUAUGAGGUUGGCACACAGUAGUUGUCAGUUGUGUUGUUUUCGUAAUUUUAUACAUUUAUAGUUCAUGGUCAGCAAUAAUCAUGAAUAGCGAAGUGGAGUUUCACGUACGACAAAACUAUCCAUGGGCUAAAUUGCCUGCCAAUGUUAAGCAGAGCCUAGGCAAUUCUCAGAAGGAAUAUGAAAAAUAUAUAAUAAACUUUAGUAUAAAAAAUCAACUUCGUUAUCGAGGAAAUCUAGUGAGAUUUGUUCGAAAAGAUGAGCGGCAUUACUAUGAAGAAUUGUUAGGUUACAGUCGUGAAAGCUUAAUGUUAUACCCAUAUCAUCUUUCGGAUGUUGUUGUGAAGGGACUGCGUGUAACACCAUUCCAAUAUUAUGUAUCUGUUAUGGAAAAUAUAAUGGAACAAGAGAAGAGUUAUGAUUCUCUCCCUAACUUUACAGCUGCAGAUUGCCUUCGUUUGUUAGGAAUCGGGCGCAACGAAUAUAUUGAGUUAAUGAAUCAGUGUCGUUCUGGACGUAAAUUAUUUAGAAGAAAGAAUGUGAGAGAUUUAUUGCCACCCAAACCUGUUGAUAUAAAUAUUGAACCUUGGUGGACAGUUGAAGUUGGUUGUGUUAUUGAAGAAGAUAUUAAGCUUGUUUCAGAAGCAGAGAAAGAAUUAAUUGAUAGGAUCAUUGACCAUGGUUGUCAGAAAGCUGGCGACUUGGAUUAUAAUCUUGUUCAUAAUUUGUAUAAGAAAGGUUUAAUUUACUUGGAUGUUCCAAUUGAAGAUGAUGAUUAUAUUGUUGUACCUCCACUUGAAGGAUUUGUUAUGAACAGGGUACUAGGCGAUUAUUUUGAAACUUUAUUGUACAAAAUAUUUGUUUCUAUUGAUGAACAUACUUCUGUGGGAGAGUUGGCCAGUGUUCUUCAGAUUGAUGCCCAGGCCGUAAAAAAUGCUGUCUCUCUUUAUUGUCGCCUUGGUUUUGCUCGAAAGAAGAGUUAUGAAGCAGAUUUUACAGAUUUGAAUCCAACAUGGAAGAGCAGAUCACAAAUUUGUCACAAGACUCUCACUGAAGAACCUGUGUUGUUAGAUUUGACUUCUGCAUUGGCUGAACCUGGUCUCACACCUCCAGAGGAAACUACCUCUAGUAGUACAGAAGAAGCUGAACCAACUUUUCUUGCCAAUCAGUCUCGCAGUCGAAGAAUUGCAUUUCUCUUUGAUUCGACUUUGACUGCUUUUUUAAUGAUGGGCAAUCUCACUCCAGGUUUGAAGAAUCAUGCUGUCACCAUGUUUGAAGUGGGAAAAUUAUCUGAUGAAAGUUUAGACAGCUUUCUGGCUGAAUUGGAAAAAAUUUCUACUGCAGAUAGCGAAGGAGAAGCUCAACGUUACUUUGAUCAUGCACUCAUUUUGCGAUCCACAAUAUUGUUCCUGAGACACAAUCGUCGAAUGGGUGAAUCUCUGUGUCUUCCUCUUGAUUUGAUUCGAUGCGAAAGUUUGCAGUCGCUUGAUAGUGCUACUUGUACACGCUUACUUUCUAAAAAUUAUUCGUUGCUUGUUUCAAUGGCUCCUUUGUGUAAAGAAAUAAGGCCCAUUAGCAGUUGUGUGCCUCCUCAUUUGGGUCCUGCCAUACCUGAAGUGAAUACAGUUUGGUUUAAACUUUUCAUCUAUCAUCUAACUGGUUAUGGUCCUCCAACCUUACUCUUAGUGAAAGGCACUAGAGUCAGACAACUUCCACAGUUGUUCCAGCGUUAUGACAAGCUUUUGGUCACCACGUGGGGUCAUGAUCCUGGAGUUCUUCCUGUCGCUAAUAUUAUCUUCACGUUGAAUGAUGCAUUGUGUCAUUCAGCUGUUCUUGUGCAGGGAUAUAGGAAUCAUCGUGGAGCAGAAAGUGUUUUGGUACCUUUUCCAUUGAAGGAUGUUCAGUCUCCUGCCUCCAGUCACUUCAUUUCCAAGAAUAUGGAUUGGAAUUCACACCCAGCAAUCAGAAAACUUUCAGGAGAAAUAGACCUGACUCACAACUGUGGCUUCAUUACAAUGUUAAACAUGAAAAGUGAACAAGAAUUUCAGAGUGGAAUUUCUUUCACAUCUCACCUACCGGAUGAAUUCAAAGAUGUAGGAAUAUUACCCUCAGGUUUACCUUCUGCUGCUCAUCAGUCUAGUCGUGUUGAAGCAUGGGUAAGUGCCAGUUCUGGAGAACCGGUUACUGACACUUCUCAGUCAAGUCCAGUGAAUGGUUUCACGAGUCAUGAUUGUGCCAACAUUUUGGAAGAGGAGCUGAACAAUUUAGGUGAGAAGAAUCCUGCUGAUUCAUUAUCACAAGAUAAUAACAAAGAAGGUGUUUUACGUCUUGGAGGUGGACGACCAAUGCCUGAUGAUGUACGAGAUGAACUGGAAUCUUGGACACUUUUAGAUUGUAGUUUUGGUGUACCACUUUUUGAUGCAGCAGCCAAUGCUCAGAUCUGUGAUGCCAUUAUUAAUGAGGAAUUGUGGAAACCAGAUAACCUGGAAAAACUUACUAGGUCCAGUAGAAGUCUUUGUUUAAAAUUGCUGGACUUCAUUGGAAAAUUUCAGGAUUUGCCUGUUCUUCCAGAUGAAAGUGGCUACUCGAAUAAGAGAACUUUAUCUCCUGCGGUUGCUUUUCCUACUAGAAAUCUAAUGUUCAACCAUGGGAAAUUGAGUACAUGGAAUAAUAAGUAAUGAAUUCUGGAAAUUAUUAUUUCUUUUUAAGAGUCACUUGGGUGCUUUAGACUUAAUUCUGUAAAAGCGAUCUCAUUUGGUGUGUAUUUGCAGACAUCAUGUGUUUCUUUCCUGUGUAAUGCAUUUCUGUUCUUUUUACUCAAUUUGUGACCUAGAUUUUAUUAACAAUAUUACAGGCAGAUGCUUUGUUUACCAUAACUAUGGCCAUUAUUUAUAGUAUUAUCAUUACCAUCAUCAUCAUCGUCAUUAAUAUUUUUGUCUUUGCCAAACCCAUCUCUAUCAUAAUUAAUUUGUUUUUUGGUGCUUGAAUUUUCUUCUCUUUUCUUUUCAUUUUCAAAUUGAGAAUGAACACAAUAAAAUUGAAACUAAGCAAUUUCAUAUUGAAAAGAAUCAAAGAAGUCUAAAAUACAUAAAUUAGACUGAAAUUAAUAACUUGUGUACACUCAGAACCAUCUUUAUUGACAUUAAAUCAUAAUUUAUAUUACCAUAUCAGGGUUUUUUUUGAGGCUGUAUAUAGGAGCAACAUAUCUUGUCCAAAUAACAUUUAUAACUUGAUGUAAUGUGAUUUUCUAAGCAAUAAUGACAAAACUCUGUGUGUGUCUGUAAGUGGGUGUCUAUGUAUAUAGUCAGGAUUCAUCAUUGGGUUGUAAGGACUUACCGUCAGUAAGCAGCGAUUAUGAAAUUCUUCCUCUAUGAAUAUUUCGACAAUUCAAUAGUAACAUAGUGCUAGAUCAACUACUGGUACGUGCUUAGAGCAGUAGUCAGACAGGGGCACACAAAUUCACAAAUUAUCUAGCUUCUUCCCAUUUAAAUGCAACUCAACUAAUUUAAUGAUCAAUCAGUCUAAUGGCACUUACACUUAUUGGCUCUAUAGCUCCGUGUUGUCAUGUAGAUGCAGAGAGUACUUUCUUUGGAAAGCCAUUUCUUUCUUAAAAUAAACUUCUUACAAUUUGUUUAUGUUUAAAAUAAUGUUAUCCAUGUGAUAACUCAAGAGCUGAAAAAUGUCCCAUUUCUGUGCUUUGUUUCCCAUACAGUUUUCUCACAGGUUCCACAAAUAUAUGCUAGUGUGGUUAUUAAUUGUUUCUGUAAAUGUUCCAUUGAAACAGUUUGAUUUUUCUUUCAAAGUUACCUUUUAGCUUUUUGCAAUUCUUGGAUUUUUUUCAGUGUAUUAAACUAUAAAAGCCUGAUGUUCCUCCAAAAUUUUAAACCUCUCAUUACACGUUUUGGAAUAUUAUCUUGAUUUUUUGCUUGAAGCUAUGCACCUGAAUUCUUGAACUACUACUACUACUACUACUACUACUACUACUAGCAAAGGCAACACAUUUGCAUUUUUAUAUUCUAAUUUUACAAUGAAACAAAACACAUUAUUAAACCAAUACAUCAUUGUUUUCUCUCAGUUUGUUAUUGCUUAUUCUCAAUUUGAAAGUCAUUACACUCAUUAAGAAUGUGUAUUGUCUUAAUAUGGUGUUGUUUGGUAUCAAGUUUAUUGUGUUUUUUCUCAAAGUUCAAAAGGUGUAGUUGUCAUCUUAUUUUCAUUUCAUUUAUACCAUAAAAUUGAUUGUUUUACCUCCCACCUGUCUCGAUUUGAGGAGGGAAGAAAAUUGUAAGAAAAACACGAUUUUCCCUAAAUUAUAAUUUAUAAUGCAAUAUUUACAUUUUUUCAAACUUCAUAUCAUAUUAUUAUUGUUAUUAUUUUUAUUGUUGUUGUUAUUAUUAUUAUUAUUAUUAUUAUUAUUAUUAUUAUUAUUAUUAUUUCAGUUUCAUGACUAUUGUUUACUUCAAGAAAAUAACUUAAAAUAUGCUAACGUGAAAUUGAGUAAAUCAGCUGUGUACAUGAAAUCUGAAGGACCUACAGUAGGACUUGUAGAUUUCUUUCUAAUUUAUCUCCCUCCAAAACCAUCAUAAACAAGCAUUUAGUUCUUUGUUAUUACCACAAAAGCAAACACAUUUUCACCUAUGAGUAAAUUUGGACUGCUUUUGCCAUUAAAUUUACAUAUGAAAUUUAAUAUUAUUGAACUGGUUGAAAUAUAUUCACCUUAUAACAGAGUUCUGUUUUGAAAGUUGUGUUUAGAAAUUCAAUUGCUGUGAUGAGUUUCUCACACUUACAUAAUUCUUUUUCUCCAGAAUUUAAUAACCUCUUCUUUCAAUUUUUGAAUUCAAUUUAAUGCAUGUGCAUUAAAAUUUGGAGGUCCACUUGAAUAAAUAAAACUUGGAAAAUAAAUUAAUUUGAAAAUGUGUGAUCUUAGAUGUGCCAUAUUUUAUUACUUCCUAAAUACAAAUGUUCUCCUUGUUUUCAUAUUAACUUUCUGAGCUCUUUAUUUUACAUGUGACUAAGACAAUAUGUAUUGAAAGUAUUUGUUUCAUUUAUGUUGCACAGAUGGGUACCAUUUGCAGACUUAAAGAUUAAUUAUAUUUUAGUACCAUGAGAAAAAUUACUGGAAAAUGGCGAAAUAGCGAAAAUGCUUUCAUUACGCAAUGAUUAUUUAUUGUUCAUAUUGUGCUUGUGUAGGUGAUUUUAAAGAAAUUAUUUUUGUAUUUGUUAAGAUAAUCUGUUUCGCAAUUAAUUCUUACAAGCUGGAAGUAGUUCCUUGGUAAUUAUUUUUAAUUAUAAUGUUGCAUUUGAAGCUUUAUAUGCACUAAUCAGUUUUGAUUUCCUGAAAGUAUUUCAAUUCUUUUGCACAUUUGUCAUGGUGUGAGCAGAAUCUUUCAUAGAGUAAAAUGGUUAGUGUUACUCAUUGAGUUAAUCCAGCAUUAUGUGAUUUUAAGUGAAUUUACUAGCAUUUCUAAUCCCAUAUUAAAAUCAUUUUCAUUGCAAAAUGGUUAUCAUUAACAGAAUGGUUAGGCUUGUAAAAUAAAGAAGAAUGAGAUUAAGUUUGGAAUUAUGACAAUGUCAUAUGGAAAUGCAGUGAACUGAAAUUUACUGAGUUAAACAGUGAUUUGAGGAGUUUGUAUUAAUUUUGUGAGUAAUUCUAGGGUACUAAAGUGGUUCAGGAAUAAUCGCACAGUAACCUGUUGUAUAUCAGUCAUUCAUUGCCCGUGAAUGAUUCUGUUCUUGUUCUCAUGAUAUAUGCGAAACAGGGAGUUGUCUUCUAUGUAGAUACAGUUUCGUUGUUUACCCAUUUUUUUUUCCAGAGUUUAUUAUUAUUUUUUUUUUACAUAAUUAUAUUUUUAGCAAAUAAAUGAUGACAUAGGUAAUUAAUUUUCUUUUAGAACAUUACUAUUUUAGUUUUUUAUUUUAUCAUUUUCAAAAUAUGGACUGUUCCAAUAUUGAAACUCAGGCACGAAAGGGGCUAGGGUUUUUCAGCAAGUCAGGCCUCAUUUAUAAUAUUUUUUUCUUUAUUUAAACUUAAAAAGGCUACAAUUUGAUUCUUUUCUAUAGUAAAAUAAAAGCUAAAUAAUUAGAAUUGAGUAUGGAAACAAAUGUUGACUCAAUAAACUUCUCCUCUUGUUGUACAAAGGAGAACUAAAAUCGACUCUUGGCACUUACUGGGAAAUUCAAUCCCUCUGUUGAAGUAAUAGGAAUUAAACGAUGCCUCCGCAUGCAUUCCGCGAUAAGGAAUCAAAGACAAAUCCACUGUCGCUUGUUCCAAUAAUGGAACACUGGGCAAAUAUGGGUUAAAGGUUUAGAUUUAAGUGAAUUGUGAAUUCUGAAGUUCACAAUAUUGAGGAAAAAUUGCCAUUUACAGAUUUUUGUUCAUUGAGUGAUGGUUUGACUGAUCAAUUAAGUAGUAAUAUGUAUAAAAUUGUUAGUGAGUAAUAAAUAUACAAUUAUUGCAAAAAUUUGGUGAUUCUGAGAAUUUGUUUGGAUAUUUUAUUAAAUCUAUAUAAAGAGCUAUACAAAAAUUUCAUUAUUUUUUGAUAAAAAUACCAGUAUUAGACAGAUUUUAAAUUUGCUUGUCUGAGAAGCAUAAAAUUUACUGGGUUUUUAUUCCAUUCAAAACUCUCAUGUGAAAAGUAAAAAUUUUGAAAAUAAAAUUUACAGGUAAUGUACAUCAUCUUAUGACAAAAAAAGCUUGCAUAAUUAAGAUGUAAUAACAAGUCAUCCUUUUAAGAAAAGAAAACCAAAAUAUUAUAUUCAUUUGAAUGUAUGUUCAUUCUUUAAAUUUACUUUUUUGGUAAAGAUAGUUAUUGAAGGAACUGCUUCCUGACAUAAGAGCAUGAUGAUUUGACAUAUUUUUAUAACCGGGUCCCUGUUCCUGAAAUGCUAUUGUGUUUCAUUUGAUGGAACUGAUAAUUACAUUUGUAAAAAUAGUAUAUUUAUUUGAGAUGGAACUUUGAUAGUUAUGUUGGGGAAGGAGGUGGAACAUUCCCGAUUUAAGAUAUUUUUGAAAUGUACAAUGUAUGAAAGAGGUUGCACAGUUCAGAAAACAUGAUUUGCAUUUUAUGAUUUUAACUUGCUAAUGAUUAUUAAGUCAGAUAAGGCUUUGACGAAAGCACUGAUUUUAAUAUUGACUGGAUAGUUCAAUAAAUGUAGCAAAGAUAUAGUAGGCAUACUAUCAUGUUUUCUGGAUUGUUUCAAGUAAUUCUGAAGAACAUGAUGUUCAGACAGAAGUACUUCUAACCUUUUAAGAUAUAAAAUCACUGUUUGAAGGUAGUUAAUGUAAAUUUAUGUAAGUAAUGUAAAUCGAUGUUAAUAGUGUACAGUAAUGGCAGCAUAAAAUGUUAGUCAACUUAUCAAUGUCAGGAUUACUGAUUCCAAAAGACAGUACAUUUCUGUUUGUCAUAGGAAAAUAAAAUUUGACAAUUGCCCUGUAUAAAACCAGACAAAUAGUGUGUUACAUAUUAGUUUGUUAGAGGAAUUUUGUGGGUUUUUUUGCUUGGCAAAAACAUAAGAGAAACAAAAAGCAUUAUCUCAUGCAUUCAUCUUUAUAUUUAUAUUGAUGAAUAUUUUUCUAAAGACUAAAUAAAUUACGAAAAUUACAUAAUCAGCACCACUAAAUUGGGCCUUAUGAUGUAAGUAUACAUGUUAUCAGUACAUCAGAAAAAUAAAAAAGUUUGAUUAAUCUAGAAUGUCUCUCUUCAAACAAAUGAUAUCAAAAUUAUAUAUGAGCUUUAAGAUGACAUUUUUGCACAUUAGUUUGCGUGUUUCUUACUUUGUUCUUACAUCUAGAUAUUUUAGCACUUCUGAUGCUUGACUAGUUUAAAAACUUAAUUAUAUUUUCUCAAUUCAUAAAUUUAAUAUUAAUUAAUAUUUAACCUUCUUAUUUAAUAGAGAUUGUGGGGUUAAAGAAUUUCUUUGUGCUCAAAAAUAGUUCAUAUAUCUCCAAAGAAUUCAUCCCGUCCAAAAUCACUUCUUUUUCACAGAAUAUACAUUAUAUUAAACUUAUAGGUAAAUAAUUUCUGUAUGUAAGUGCUGAUUGUAAUUUUAGUAGUUUUCAGAAAUGUUGAAAUGGAAUCAUGUCUUGACAUUAUCUUGUUUCUUUGUGGAUAAAACAAUUACUAUUUUUAUACGUUUGUUGGGGAGAAAAGAUAUGUACAUACUUGUAAUUUUAUUGUAGCAUUCCAUAGUACAUUUAUGUGUACAAAAUUGUGUAAAAUUAUUUGUACCUUCAUGGUCAUUUAGAAUUGAAUGAAAACAAUAACAAUUAUAUAUUGCUUCAUAGUAUUAUAAACUUGUGUUUAUUCAUCAUAAUUUCCAAGUAAUCGUAGUAGAUAUCGUCGGUAAGCACCUGAUGAAACAUCGGCCACCAUUCCUACUAACUUGUGCCCAUAAUGUUGAAGAUAACAAUCUUUAAUAUCUGCUAGAUCUAUCUGUAAAAGAAAACACAGUAUUUUUUUCUUUAAAGUGAACAAAAUACAAAUAAACAGUUCUAUUAUAAAUAUUCUUGAACCUCUGAUCUUGCUAUGAGAAGGACUAUUAACUUCUCAUCGUUUGGUGGUAAAACUUCCAUAGCCUUGUGGAGUUGUUCAGAAAAAUAAAAUACAGGAUCUCUUAUCAUGCUUGCUGGAAAAAAAAACAACAACUUAUUAACCUUGGUUAAAAAGUAUGCUUUCAUAUACAGUUUUGUACUGACCUAAAGAAACAAGUCCCCUUUGAAGUCGACCAGUAAAUUCUGCUUUUAUGCUGGCUUCCAUGCUCCGUUCACUCAACAUGUCAUAUUGCUCAAGAACUUCUUGUAGAUGUGGAUAUGAACGAGUUUUAAACAUUUGUAAGAGAGCCGGCUCUUCUGUUCCAUAUCUGAGGCCUACUCCAGAUGAUACCAACAACUGAUUUUCAAGAGAAAAAUUAUUGUGUUUUAGAAGGAUA